AUGAACAGAGAUCAACAACUCGCCCUCAGAAGGCACAGCACUUUCAGAACGCAACUCGGGCUGCAACCCCUGAUCUGGUCGUGGCAACUCGCGGAACACGCACAAGAUCGUGCAGAUGCUUUGGCGGAGUCGAUGGAAAAAGGCACACAAUUUGAGGAGACGGCUCUUGAAGGAGAGAGUGUGGCGGUUCUUGGAAGUGUUGGGAUCAAGUAUCCACUCGACGAAGCGAGUCGGCUGUGGCAAAUCAACCAGGUUCGAGGCGAGGAUGGACAGGAGAAUGGUGUCCUCGAGGUAUCUUCCACCUGGGUAAGAUUCUUUGAAGUCGAUUGUUACGAGUAUCUUGCGAGCUAA